AUGGCCUCCAGCGCCGCGGUUGGUGCUGGCUCGGGCUCUGCCACUGGUCCUGGCGCUGGCGCUGGCACCGCCGCUGCCUUGUCCUCAACGUCCACCGCCAAAUCAGAACAUUCAUCCAACUCAACUCCUAAAUAUGGACAGGAUGCGCCUGACGCGAAUGCCACGCGGCUCCCCCUCCGCGACAAGGACUCCUUCGACCAGGUGCGCAUCAACCAGUAUAUCACCCGAGACCAUCUCCAUGCAGCCGCCAUUGUCGAGGAUCAGAGACGUCUCAACGACCACAACAAGGACACGUUCAAGAUGAUUCAGGAUUACAAGAUGGUUCGUAAUGAGGGCCGCCACGCAUUCCCCCCGAGCAGACUAUACGGUGAAGGCUAUAAUGGGUAUGGCAACGGACGGACAGAGCUUGGCGGUCCUGCGAGGCUGCUGUAUCCUCAGCAGAAGCCACGGCUUGGCAAACAAACUACACCGCCCCUCAAAUGGAAGCGGAGGGACAUGAAACAGCAGGCAGAACAGCACGAAGAGCUGAUACCUGUGCGCCUAGAUGUGGAUAUGGACAAGAUUCGGCUGCGCGACACAUUUACCUGGAACCUUCACGAGCGCUUAGCUGCGCCAGAACUGUUUGCCAUGCAAUUGAUUGAGGAUAUGGGCCUCAAGCCCCCCGUCGCUCAACCAAUCUACGAACAAGUCAUUGUGCAGAUGAAGGAGCAGCUGAAUGAUUUCUACCCCUUUGUCUUCUCCGAUGAGGAUGCCUUGGACCCAGAGUUGCCUUAUUCAGCUUGGAAGAAUGAUGAGAUGCGCGUCCUGAUCAAGCUCAACAUUACCAUCGGACAGCUCACCUUGGUCGAUCAGUUCGAAUGGGACAUGAACAACCCCCUAAAUUCACCCGAGGAGUUCGCCACGAGCAUGGCCAAGGAAAUGUCUCUUAGUGGCGAGUUCGUGACGGCCAUUGCACAUUGCAUCCGCGAACAGACACAUCUUUUUGCCCGGAGUUUGUAUAGCAUAGGACAUCCAUUCGAUGGGCGCCCUAUAGAAGAUCCUGAUCUGGUGGCUGCGUUCCUGCCUUCUCCCCUGCCCACCGUAUUCAGACCUCAGCAACAAGCCAAAGAAUACGCGCCCUACCUUUAUGAGCUCUCCGAGCAAGAAUUGGAGAAGAACGAAGUAAUAUUUCAGCGCGAACAACGGCGGCAGAAGAGAGCAACAGUUACCCGGAGGGGUGGUCCUUCAUUACCUGAUCUCAAGGAGCGGCAGAGGACUAUUCGUACGCUUGUGGUCUCAUCUGUCCUACCUGGUGCAGCCAUCAAUGUCGAGGACAGCACCUUGUAUAAGAGAGUCGCUGGUACUGGAGUUGGACGCAAGGGACGGGUGAGGGAUGACCUGUCUGAUUCGGACGAUAGUGAAGAUUCUUCGCCUGAUUCUCCUGCAGCCGCACAGUUGCAAGGCACUGCUAGAACACGAGGAAUGCGGGGUGCUGCGUCAGCUGCAGUCUCUCGUAUGGCAAACAUCGGCCGUUCUGAAACGCCUGAAGCGACGAUACACCAUCACGAAACGCGCACCUCUCGGAGAUCUGGCCGCGAGUUGACCAGGGAAGCCACUGAAGAGCCACAGCACAUGAUCGUAACAUUGCGGGUUGGAAAGGAGAAACUCAGGCAGCUCUAUCGCGACCUGAAGCUGAAACAGGGCACUCCAUCGGCAACCCGAACACCUUCAAUGCCUCACACGCGGGCACCUAGUGCAUCUGUGUCGAGUUCAAUGCCACCUCCGUCUACCCCUAAUGCCUCAAGCACAGCUGCAACCGUCCCGGCAAAACCUCCAGCUAAUGGCGUAGCACCUGGGCAGAUCAGCCGUGUGGAUGCUCCGGCCCCUACGCCUACGACCCCUGUGCCCACUCCUCCUCCACCUCCUGCCUGGCUUGUUCAAGCAUUAGAGGCAUGGAAAGAAACGGCAGAAUACGCCAAUGACCAAUUCGAAGGCUUGAUGCGAUACACUGCACUUGAUGCUACCACAAAUGUGCCGUGCUCAAUGCCGCAGGCAGGCAACCCUAUAUCACCGAAUAUCAAGUUCUGCUUCUUACCGCGCAUUCGAUGUCUUGAUUGCCCUGGAAAACUCUACACCCCUGGACCGGAGAUGACGGCCAUUAAUUUUGAAGUUCACCUGAAGAACAGGGCACAUAGAGAAAAGGUGCAGGCACGGUUACGUGGCGAACAACAAUAG